UUAAAUACAACUAAUAUUUUUCAGUAUUUUUCUUAUAUGAUCUUUCUUUUCUAUAUUAUUUAUCUCAUUUAAAAAUAAUAGUUGUUUUGAUUCAUUAUAUUUGCGUAUAAAGAGGUAUGAACACUUAACUUCCUUUUCUGUAAGAAGUCUCCUAGUGGCAUCAUACAACGUUGAAUCGUAAUUUAACCACAACGUUAAAAUGUCAGGAGGUUUAGAUGUGUUAGCCCUCAAAGAGGAUGAUGUUACUAAAAUGUUAGCUGCUGGUACCCACCUAGGUGCUGAAAAUGUAAACUUUCAGAUGGAGCAAUAUGUUUAUAAAAAGAGAGUUGAUGGUGCUGGUGUAAAUGUCAUCAAUCUUCGCCACACUUGGGAGAAACUGUUGCUCGCAGCUCGUGCCAUUGUCGCCAUUGAGCAUCCUAGCGAGGUUUUCGUCAUCAGCUGCCGUCAUUCAGGUCAAAGAGCUGUGCUUAAAUUUGCAGCUCAUACUGGCGCCACUCCUAUCGCUGGACGUUUUACACCAGGCGCAUUUACGAAUCAGAUCCAGGCUGCCUUCCGCGAACCACGCUUACUGAUUGUCACGGAUCCGUCCACCGAUCAUCAGCCGAUCACCGAGGCGAGCUAUGUGAAUAUUCCUGUCAUUGCUUUCUGCAACACCGAUUCACCGUUACGUUUCGUGGACAUCGCAAUACCUUGUAACACCAAAAGCCUACACACUGUAGGUCUAAUGUGGUGGCUGCUUGCCAGGGAAGUUCUGCGUCUGAGGGGAUCCAUCCCACGUGAAACCAAGUGGGACGUUGUAGUCGAUCUCUUCUUUUACAGAGAUCCCGAAGAGGCAGAGAAGGAAGAACAGGCCGCAAAAGAGAUUGCGCCGGCAAAGGAGUUCACGGGCCCAGUGGAAACUGCUCCCGCUCCGGAGCCCGGGUGGGUGAAUGAGGUCGAGUCGACCGCCGUAGCCACAGAGAACUGGGCCGAUGAUGUAGCACCACCAGCAGCUGCUGCUAUUCCCGCAGCCAGCGCCGCGCCGGCAUUCCAAGCCAGCGGUGAUUGGGCUGCCCAGCCUCCGGAAGAGUGGACAACGCCUGUAGCGACUGCCGCCGCUCAAAGCUGGGGAGGUGCAACCAGCGAAAAAUGGUAAUUUUGUGCUAACAUUUCGAAGACAAUUGAUUGUAUGCAAUGUCUAACAAAACUCUUUAAAACAAAA